AUGAAGACGACGACGCCGAGAAGAACGCGCCUGCAUCACUCCCUCACCAAGAUGAUCUGCCUCCGCCGCCGAAACGGCAAGUCCGAUAAACAUCUCGGCAUCAAACCGGUCUCAAGCACGAGACCGAGAAAACGAACUACGAAUGGCUUGAUCCCGGCAUGGGUACGUAGGCAGCCUUUCCAAAGGCACACGUCGACGUUCUGGCCAAACCUCUCGACAACACCGAUCUCGUCAUCACACGAAAUCGAGCGGUCUCGUCAUCACACGAGCCCGAGAAAACACCGAUCUUGUCAUCCAAGAUCGAGCGGUCUCGUCAUCACACGAGCCCGAUAA